GUUGACUGCUUGUUCCCGCUCUAGACGUGCCUGGUGCAUCUGUGGUGUGAGUUUGAUUGAGCUGCAGAAUUGUCCCAAGUCUGAAUAGGAGUUCACUAUAUGUGAGGUAGUGAAAGAACAGGAGGUGGAGUUCUCCAGUGUACAAUGGAAGUAUGAUGCAGUUGCCAACAAAGUGUAUGAAGCUCAGUCCAUUAUGGAAAGCACCAUAGGACAUCUCAAUGGGUACCUGUUCAGGUGUUAAACCAUUGUAGCUAAUUGAGACAGUAGUAUUGUGCCAAAGUGGAAUAUGGAGACCAUAAAUGGAGAUAUGGUUCUAGUCGAACAAGAUCCUGCUUUAAACCCACUUUGCUUUGAGUGUGGACAACAGCACUGGACACGGGAAAAUCAUCUUUAUAACUACCAGCAUGAAGUGGAUGAUGACCUGGUUUGCCAUAUCUGCCUGCAGCCUCUGUUCCAGCCAUUGGACACACCCUGUGGCCACACUUUCUGCUAUAAGUGCCUAAGGAACUUCUUACAAGAGAAAGAUUUCUGCCCCUUAGACCGUAAAAAGCUUCAUUUUAAACUUUGCAAGAAAUCCAGCAUUCUUGUUCACAAACUAUUGGAUAAGCUCCUGGUGUCAUGUCCCUUUGCUGCAGUAUGUCCAGAGGUAGUGCAACGUUGUGAUUUGGAAGCACAUCUCAAACACAGGUGCCCAGGUGCUUCAAAACACAGGGCUGGAUUGGAGAGGUGCAGAACAGGGCGGCUACAAGAGGUGGACACCAAGGAAGACAGCAAGCCAGUAGCAAUGGAUAGUUCAGACUCUUCAUUGCCUGACCUUGACAUGCUCGGAGGCAUAGGUGGUGGUGCAUCAUCCACCUCUGUACCAAUGUGGACAGAUGAACACGGUUUAGAUAAUCCUGCAUUUGAGGAAAGCAAUGAAGAGGACAGUGUACAUUCUGUGGAUGGCUAUAAAGUGCGUGCUAAAAGACCUCUGAGCAAUUCCUGCAUUCACCUUCACCGAACUAACAGUGCCAACUCUGCCAGCUGGGACCUUCGAGAGGACGUCCUACCUCUUGCAACAGAGGAAGCUGCCCCAAAGCCAACUGGACUACCUGAAGGCGAAAUCACCUCAAUUGAAAUCCACCGGUCAAAUCCAUAUAUGGAGUUAGGAAUUAGCAUUGUUGGUGGCAAUGAGACUCCUCUUAUUAAUAUUGUCAUUCAGGAAGUGUACAGAGAUGGCAUAAUCGCCAGAGAUGGACGUCUGCUUGCUGGUGAUCAGAUUCUUCAGGUAAAUAAUGUUGAUAUAAGCAAUGUACCUCACAACUUUGCCAGGGCUACCCUCUCACAGCCUUGUUUAAUCCUGCACCUCACUGUUCUACGAGAACGACGCUUUGGUAAUCGGCUACAUGCACACCAUCAAGAUGGCUCCUCACGUGAAGACAGCUUUCAUGUAACAUUAAAUAAACGGGACUCCAGUGAACAACUUGGGAUAAAGCUUGUGCGUAGGACAGAUGAACCAGGUGUCUUUAUCCUUGAUCUCCUGGAAGGUGGACUUGCUUCUCAGGAUGGCAGGCUCUGUAGCAAUGACAGAGUACUAGCCAUUAAUGGACAUGAUUUGAGAUAUGGUACCCCAGAGCUGGCAGCACAGAUCAUUCAGGCUAGCGGAGAAAGAGUGAACCUGGUGAUCUGUCGGUCUGGAAAGCAGUGCCCUCCACCAUCAAGUGCCAACAACUUUAGGGAGACCUGCUUUUACAGCAAUAGUCACCAGCUACAGCAAUAUCACUCUUCACUAGUUAUGAACCAGAAUCAUAACAGGACUGUUUCUCAUCGGGAUCUGUCACAGUGUGUAACCUGUCAAGAGAAGCAGAUCAACGUGAAGAAGGAGCCACAUGAGUCUUUGGGGAUGACAGUAGCCGGGGGACGCGGGAGUAAAAGUGGUGAACUGCCCAUCUUUGUCACCAGUGUUCAGCCACAUGGCUGCCUUUCUAGAGAUGGCAGGAUCAAACGUGGGGACAUUCUCCUUAGCAUCAAUGGAAUUGACCUCACCAAUCUGAGCCACAGCGAGGCUGUAGCUACUCUGAAGGCCAGUGCUGCUUCUCCUGUAGUCACGCUGAAGACGUUGGAAGUCCAAACCAUUGAGGAACAGGCACAAGCUGCAGAGGAACCCCUUAAUUCUAGCAAUGAAAAUGAAUAUGAUGCCAGCUGGUCACCCUCAUGGGUGAUGUGGCUGGGUUUGCCUAGUUACAUUCACAGCUGUCAUGAUAUUGUCUUGCGACGAAGUAACUUGGGCAGCUGGGGAUUCAGCAUUGUAGGAGGAUAUGAAGAGAAUCACACCAAUCAGCCUUUUUUUAUUAAGACUAUUGUGUUGGGGACUCCAGCCUACUAUGAUGGAAGACUAAAGUGCGGUGACAUGAUUGUAGCUGUGAAUGGUCUUUCCACAGUCGGAAUGAGUCAUUCAGCUUUAGUACCUAUGCUGAAGGAGCAGCGAAACAAGGUGACAUUGACUGUUGUUUCUUGGCCUGGAAGCCUCAUUUAAUCUACCCUAAGGAGAUCUGAAACUGGAAAAAUGUGAAAAACUAUUAAAAAAAAAAAAAUACAAUAUUUUGUAGCAGCAAGUCACGAAGCGAGGAGGGGGAUGUGUCAGUUUAUGUAAGUGCUGUAAUGUGUCCCUAUUUCAAAGAAAAGAGACAUGGAGGUGGUCUGCAAGAUGUCUACCAAAUAUUUUUUAUGGUUUUCCCAACAACAAUGAUGCAAAUCUAUAUUAGGGGAAAAAUAAAACUUUUGCUGACAUUGCCAUAUUAUUGAUUCUAGAAAAGCCUUAUCCAAUCUGCAAGCUUCAGAGCCACUUCAAGCCUUACAACUUUUUCUUUGGCACCCCCAUAUUCAUGGAACAGACUUUUUAAUUAAUGACAUAUUGUAUAAUUUGUUUGUCGAUUUUCUUAUAUGGUGAGAAUGAAAGCAAUUGAAGAUGUUUACUUUUGUCUGGGAGUUUGUAUCCUUUUUACUUGUGUGGCCAAGUUUGUUUGGAUAUCACAGGACUGAGUAUAAAUUAAAUAGUUUUAUUAAUGUAUUGUUAAAUGCUGUUACAUUUUUAAUGUGCUGUUCAACCAUUGUGUUUAUGUGUGGAUGUUUUCUGCUGCUUCUGAAAUGGGUAUUCCUGCGGUUCACUGAAGUAGAUGAGUAUACGUGCUGUCCUACCUUACGGUUUACAAGGUGCCUAAACACAUAAUGAGUGACUGUUUUGUAUUUUACUUAUAUUUAUGGGUCUGAGGUUAUGAGAUUUAUGCUAGCUUGCAGUUUGGAACAUUAAAAGCAAUAACCAGGAAAGUAAUUGUCCUGUUUUGUAAGUUGGUUCAUACUAAGAAACAAAGAUCUUCAUACAUUCCUAAUUUACAGAAUAUGCAUUUGCCUGCCAUUUUAUUAGGAGCUACACUCAUAGUAAUUUAAAUCUCACAGUUGAAAUAAGAAGUAAUUUGUUAAAGGAUUUCUGAAAGUAGCAACUGUAUUGAAAUGUUUUUAUUUUCCUUUAUGUAAAUGUUUGUCCCUGAAGUAUCUGUUUUAGGCCACAGCUAGGGGAAAUUAUAGAUUUAAAAGGUAUUAUAGAGUAGAUAGAACAGUACUAAAAUUUUAACAUUUGAAAACCUUGGAGCAUUUUAAAACAUAAAGCACUAUCAGGUCCACUUUGUUCAUUGAUAUGGUUUAUCCCCAGUAACACAGGGUUCCAUUUUAACAAACACCAGUUCACCUAACCUGCAAGCCUUUUAUAAGUGAGAGGAAAAGCCCAAACACAAGAACAAAGUGCAAACUCCACACAACAUCAAAAAACCACCAGGUGUGAAAUUUGAUCCCCUACUUCAGUGCUAAUUACUGUGUCACCAUGCUGCUUCAAAAGCAUUUUGUUCAUAUUAGUUCCAUUAAGGUGAAAAUAAUGCAGUAAUGAAAAGCACUGAUUGAACUGUAAAUGAACUGACAUGUAGUUUAUCUCUAGGAGGACAAUAAAUUUAUUUCAGAAACUACCCAAAUCAAUUGAACAUAUUUUAAAAGUUACAAGUCAGUAGAGGUAUUAUAAAGCUUAGGUUGUUCAUCUAACUUUUGCACUGUCAUUCACCAUUUAUACUGCAGCAUACAUACCUUGACUUACCAGACUUUUCAUAUCUUUGGAAUUUCAAUACUUUUACUACUAGCAAAGUUUUACCAGCCUAUGCAGUCACCUCCUUCCAAUUUGUCCUUUUCCUUAAGAUGUCAUUUAUUAUGAUUGUUAGACAUGAGUCUAUGUACAUUGUUAGUUUUGGUGUUUUUGUGCUUUUUUAUAAUCUGUGUAAUUCAGUAUUUACUGCCAGGCUGCAGUGAAAACCAUAUUUGAAUUGAGAUAAUAAAUUAAAUUAAGCCUGCAUCAUUUUAAUGUAUUGCUAUUUUUAAGACUAUUAUUACUAUUUUCAUUAUUAUUAUUAUUAUUAUUAUAUACAGUAUGAAUAUGUAGCUGAAAUCAAGUAUGCAUUCCUCUUAAUGAAUAGCUUAAUUUAAUUACCCUUUGAAUUCACGUAUUUCAUUUUUUUAUCUUAUAAUAGAUGAAUCACUUUGCAUGUAAUGCCACCCAGGGCCACCUGUCAAAAUGAGGCUUGACUUUUGUAACUGUUAAAAUACUUUCUGCCUACUCUACACUUUAAAAUUACUUAUUAUUGUUGUGCUAGUUUAGUUGGAAGUAUUGUUUGUGCAAACAAUAUUCUGGAAGUCUGGAACAAAUUCCAGAUCAACAGGUGCCGGCACCUUAGAUUCUAAUAAAAUGCUAUGUGUGUGUCACUGAUGGAGCUGCUCAUUUUUGCUACUGUGCUCAAAUUUGCAUUUGAAAGUGAAAAGUAGUAGUGUUUAAAGAGUAGGCAUUUUAAAAGGAAAUCAAGAUUAAAACAAAAAAGAAUUUCUAAACCUAACCCAGCAUUUUUGACACUGUCUUUUUUAUUGAUAUGUACUGUAUUAUUGUUAUUAGGUUUAAGCUGCAGGUUAGACUGCUACAGAGAGGAGUAGUAGAAGCUUUCGGUUUGUGACCAGGGAGAUGCAAAGUAUAUACCAGAGAGCUGGGUUUUCCUGCAUAUUGAAAUUAAAUGCAUGAAACCUUCAGGACAUUCAUCAGUCCGUUGUGUGUAUAUAUAAAUACAUUUCCAAAUAAUUUUAUACUAAAACAUGCAUAUAGGUACAGUAUGGCCUGCAUGUGGACUUGUAAAUGAAAAUGUGUUACAUUUGCUUUAGUGCAAAACUAACCACAUGUGAUGUCAUCUGUUCCACCUACAGUGUUGUAGGAAAUGUGCACAUAGCAUAAAGGUAUGUAUUUAUAAAGUAUAAAGUGAAAUGGUAGUUUUAAAGAAGCGUUUUGAAAGUAAGCUAUUUGCACCUGAAUUGUACCACGGACAGACAUUGUUACUGUGGCAUUCUAAACAUUGGAGUGUCAAGUAAGGAAAAAUGUUACUGAGCAACGGAUCACAGCUUAUUCUUAAAGUAAAUGAAUGUUGUUUUCCUACCCAUACACUGCAAACUUAAAAAAAGGCAUACAUUUAUAAAAAAAUAAACAAGAA